AUGAAGGACAUUAAGGACGAGAAAUGGGUAGAAAAUAUCAUAAAUAACAGCGUUACCUCACUAAAUAGCCAAGAUCUCCUGGAGGCGGCACUAAGGGAUCUUUCUGGUUCUGCGGGAAAGAAGAGAGGCAAUUUUGGGAUAUGUACUGGCGAGCCUAUUUCCCAGUCUGGGAAGAGAAAACAGCUGGCAAAGAUGUUGGCCUUGACCUUCCUUCCCAUCAUCUGUUUGACUGGUGUUGCCGUCUAUUUUCUGCAGGACACAGUGGCGGCAUUGGAAGAGGGGCAGAAGGUACGGACCUACGUAGAGUUCAGCACGCAGCUGGGGAUGUUCCUGCAUUACCUCCAGAGAGAGAGAGAUCAAAGCGUCCUCUAUAUGAGCGACAUCGGCCCCUCUACCAAGUCGUACCUGGCAGCCAGAUAUCCCGAGACAGAUAAAUCAUUAGAGGAUCUCACAGGAUGGCCAGUCAACGCAAAGAUCAUCCUCAGAAACCCAGAAUUUCGCAGUAAAAACGUAUUCCGCAGCUAUUUAAACGACCACCGAAACCGUCUAGAUCUCCUGAACAACACUAUAUUGGAAGAGCUUCUCUUUUAUACCAGCAUUAUUGAUGUCAUCGGCAACUGGCUAACAGAUUCCAUCACGGAGAGCAAAUACGGCACAGUGUGGCGAUCCCUUGUCGCCUACCAGAAAAUCAUCUUCGUCAAGGAAAACGUCGGCCUUGAGCGCGCUCUUGGUCAGGUCUUUUUCGUGCGCGGACAUUUUGAAAGCAACGAGUACUACAGUUUAUACAACAGGGCCCUGCACACCGCGAGAAAUGAAUUCCGGAUGGCUCAGAAUUUCUCCCCUAUGGUCAUCCCGCUUACGGAGCUCGAUAUCGAGGUCAAAGGGAACAAACUGUCCAUGGUUUUGUCAAACUACAGAGAGGAGAUCCAAUGGAGAAACAACUCGGAGCCGAAGGGGGACCUUAAAAGGAGCGCACACUGGUACGACCAGAUGACCAUCUUCGUCAACAAGCUUUUGGACGUCCAGCUGGAGAUCAAAGACACCAUCAGCUCCAUGAUUGAGUCCGACCUUAACGCUCGGUACAUAUCAGUGGCCGUGAGCAGCAUUUUCAUUCUCCUGGUGUUUGCCUUCUGCCCGCUGGUCAUUCGGUCCGUGGUCAAACUGACCACCAACAUCCAGUGCUACGCCAUCACCCUGGCGGACAAGACGAAGGAGUUGAACAGGGAGAAGCAUCGGACUGAUUCCCUGUUGUAUCAGAUGCUGCCACAGCCGGUCGCCGAUCAAUUAAAGUCUAAAACGGAUGUUAGCGCAGAAUACUUCAAGGAGGUAACCGUAUUUUUCUCCGAUAUCGUCGGCUUUACCCGAAUAUCGAUGCAGUGCACUCCAAUGGAGAUUGUCACGAUUCUGAACACCAUCUAUCGUCUGUUUGACGAACAUAUCGGCCUAUUUGACGUGUACAAGGUGGAAACAAUUGGAGAGUCGUACAUGGUGGCAUCAGGUUUGCCAACACGUAACGGCAACAAGCACGCCAGCGAGAUCGCUAACAUGUCCCUGGACCUUCUGAACACCUGUAAUGAUAUCGAGUUCUCCAACCUGGCCACCUUCGAGGGCAAGAUACGGCUGCGGAUUGGGGUCCACACAGGGCCCUUGGUCGCUGGUGUUGUUGGCUCUAAGCUGCCGCGCUACUGUUUGUUCGGAGACACCGUCAACACAGCAUCCCGAAUGGAAACCUACAGUCUCCCCCAUCGAAUCCACAUCAGCCACACCACCUAUCGUCUGCUGGACAAAACUGGAUGUUAUAUCAUGCAGAGGAGAGGAGAUAUAGAAGUCAAGGGGAAGGGGCACAUGACUACUUACUGGCUUAUAGGGAAUGUCAGCUCGCCUAGCCAUAACACUGACGAUGUUUCAAAGUCAAACUCCGCGUUGGACAAAACCCGCCGCCCCGUCGCCGAGCAGACCCAGACUGUGCUGCCCAAGAACCCGGUUUACGGCAUCACCAGGCCUGAGCUCCACAACGAGACCAAGCCUCUGGAACCGCAUCUACAGACCCUCUCCGUGGCCUCGGGUGCGCCGACACAGAACCCUCCAAGCUAUGCCGAUAUCGAGGCUAUAUUUGAGGAGGAGAGGGGCAGCCCCACCAUUGUUCAGCUGACGGAGGGUGUGCAUUAUUAAUGUCACGUGCAAGAGAGUCACCAAUGUGAUGUACACUGUAGGGCCCGUUCCCCGUUAAUUUGUACAGGAAAGCCCCGUGCAAUAUGUUGACGCACUUACGUCACGCUAAACCUAACCUGUAUGGAUCUAAUGGAGGGCGGACUCUCCGCUACAUAGAUUCUCAGUUUUGUCACACUACCCGCACAAAGGUUAUCAAAAUUGUUAUCAUCACGCAUUGUGGAUCUAUCGUUCAUCGUAUUGCACGGACUCAAAAAGUUCUGUUCACAAGAAGACGUAUAAGCGUAAACAUUAAACAGUGUGCCUGAAUAUACUCUGGAACAUGACCAGUCUCAUUGUUCAUGAACAAGCGUAACUUAGACGUUUGUAACUACAAAUAACUGGUGUGACAGGAAUGGUUGUCCUAAGAAUGGGAGUCCGGGGUACCUUAUGAUUACUACAGGUUAGGGUUAGUCGUAGCAUUGAGCUCGUAUAUGGGACGAAUGUCACCUGUAGAAAGUAAAGGGGAACGGACUACCAUUCCUGUCACACGGCCAAUAUCCAUAGCAUACUCCUGGAUAACACAAGCCUGUGGCCAACAAUUUCAGAAUAUUUACUGAUCUUUUUUUUCUAGAUCUCUUACUGUAGUUCGCCCGAUUAGAGAAAGAAGAGGGUGGG